AUGCCAAAACACGGCUCUUUUCUAAGUCGCUUCCAAAAUCUUGAUGCGUACGCGAAAACACUCGAUGAUUUUCGUGUUCGAACAUAUUAUGGAGCUGCUCUUACGAUAAUAAGUGUAUGCCUCAUUACUGUUUUGUUGAUGUCCGAGUAUGCCGAUUACAAGCGCACGGAAAUAAAAGCGGAAUUGGUAGUAGAUAAAAGUCGAAAGGAGAGGUUAACGAUCAACGUAAACAUUACCUUUCCCAAAGUACCUUGUUAUUUGUUAAGCGUUGAUGUUAUAGAUUCGGCAGGCGAAGCACAAAGCGAUGAUUUAACGCAUGAUAUUUAUAAAACUCGAUUAGACAAUAAAGGGAAUCCGAUUGAAAAAGAGAAAGCAAAAGUUCCACAAAAUGUUUCAACCACCGAUGGAAACUCAACAGAUGGAAACUCAACAGAUGUAACAACAAAAGAAUGUGGCAGUUGUUAUGGAGGUGAAGAACCACCCAGCGGAUGUUGUAAUACAUGUGAAGAAGUUCAAGAGGCAUAUAGCAAGAAAGGCUGGUCAUUUAGUUCGGCGGACAAAAUUGAUCAGUGUAUAAAAGAAGGAUGGGUAGCUAAAAUAAAGAAACAAUCAAAAGAAGGGUGUAAUAUUCAUGGAUCAGUCGACGUCAAAAAAAUAUCGGGAAAUUUUCAUUUUGCCCCCGGAAAAAGCUUUCAACAGAACCACAUACAUAUUCAUGAUUUGCAAUCGUUUUUCGAUGAUUUUACGAAACAUGAUUUUUCGCAUAUUAUACAUCAUUUAAGUUAUGGUCCGAUUGUGGAUGGCGUGAUUAAUCCGUUGGAUGGUGUGGUUAGACAGAUUGAAGAGGGAAAUUAUGAAUAUCAAUAUUAUCAUAAAGUAGUCGCCACGCAAUUUCAUUAUCUGAAUCAAACCAGUAUUUAUACUAAUCAAUUUUCGGUCACUCAAUACGAACGAGACUUGACUAAUCUAGACGAAACAAGAUCUCACGCACAUAACGGAUUACCUGGUGUGUGGUUCUACUACGACAUUUCUCCAAUGUUAAUCAUAAAUCGCGAACAGAAAAAAAGCUUCACACAUUUUUUGACGGGUGUGUGCGCUAUUAUCGGUGGGAUAUUUACUGUGGCUGGGAUACUAGACGGGGGACGCACUGUACAGCUUGUAAUGGGUCCAGCCGGUUCCGGCAAGUCAACCUAUUGCGCGACUAUGAUGACACAUUGUCAAACUGUUGGGCGAUCUGUACACCUCAUGAACUUGGAUCCGGCUGCUGAAAGGUUCGAGUAUAAGCCGUCUAUUGAUAUUCGCGAUCUGAUUACAUUAGAGGAUGUUAUGGAGGAAUUACAUUUUGGCCCAAAUGGAGGAUUAAUAUAUUGUUUAGAGCAAGUAACCUUUCUUUCAAUCACGAUCAUUGUUUUUUUAUCAUUUGUAUUUCUCUUAAAUAAUCUUGACUGGCUUGAAGAUGAAUUAGGCGAUUUUGAGGAUGACUAUUUGAUCAUUGAUUGUCCAGGCCAAAUCGAGCUGUACACCCACUUUCCAAUAAUGAAACGAAUCUGCGACUGUUUCCAACGACUGAACUUUCGAAUCUGCGGUAUAUUCCUACUCGAAAGUCAAUUCAUGCAGGAUAAAUCGAAAUUUUUCGCCGGCGUGUUGAGUGCAAUGUCGGCAAUGAUUAGUUUGGAGAUCCCGCAUAUUAAUGUCAUGUCGAAGAUGGAUCUUUUGGGAAAAGUUAAACGACGCGAAUUGGAAAGGUAUUUUGAACCUGAUCCGCUAUUGGUCACCGAAGAAGUGAACGCGCAAACGAAUCCGAAGUUUCAUAAUUUGAACAAAGCUAUCGUGCAAUUGAUAGACGAUUACAAUAUGGUCAGUUUCCUACCGUUGAACAUUAACGAUGAAGAGUCAGUAGAAGUCGUGCUAUCACAUAUCGAUAACGCGACGCAAUACGGAGAAGAUUUAGAGCCUAGAGAGCCUGAGGACGACUUUGACUACGAUUAUGAAGAUCAGUAG